AUGUUCGCGCACCCCGAGGUGGACGCAGUGGACGCAGCGCCCGCAGCGGAGGCAGCAGAGCCAGAGGUGAGUGCUACCGCAGCUGCUGCAGUGCCCGCAGCGGGCGGCAUCGCCGAAUGCUGCGACGGCAACGAAGCUGUGGCAAAGCGGCGCCGCCUGGCGCUCAAGAGGACGCUGACCGAGGCAGAGAAGCAGACUGACGGGACAGUCGGCAGGGCGAAGGCCAAAGCGAAGGGCAAGGCAGUCGGCAAGGCGAAGGUAAAGGCGGAGGGCAGGUACAAGGGUCAAUGA